UAGUUCAAUAUGUUGUAUUUUUUGUGCGAGUACCUUCAUUGUACGGCAUGGGUACCGACUGGAACCAAGUUAUGGCACAAUAUGGAAGUUACCUAUCCGAGGAUGAUGCCACUCAGUUUCAGAACACUGCAUUUGCUCCUUCGCCUGAGAUACCAGCCCAGGGAUCACCAGCACCACCUCUAGUGAAGAAGGCUCCUCAACGCACAAAGCUAGCAAAUUUCACGUCUGAAGAGGAUAUGAGGGUUUGUCAAGCUUGGUUGGCUGUGAGUUGUGAUCCCAUUGUGAACACUGGUCAGAAGCGUCAAGGAUUUUGGAAUCGGAUUACAGAGGCAUACAACUCUCGCAGAGGAUCAAUGCCAGAGAGGUCUACAAAAUCUCUCAUGAGCAGGUGGGACAGUAUCAAAACUCAAUGUUCUACAUUUGCUGGAUACAUGAUGGCUGUGCUUCGACAAAACCCAAGUGGCAUGACUGAUGCAGAUAAGACAUCUCUUGCGGCUACUCGGUUUGCUGCUGUUGAAAAGAAGCCCUUCCAUUUCUUACAUUGUUGGUCCAUAUUGAAGGAUCAACCAAAAUGGAUGGACCAGCACAUGGGUAACCAAAAUCCUCCACCGAACCCUAUUGCUACCCAAUCAAAUACUAUUGACUUAGAUGCUGCUUCAACUGAGGAGAAGAAGUUGGAGUUCAUGAAGAAACAGGAGAGGCAGAAACUCAUAUUGGAGAGGAAGAAGCUUAAUCUAGAGAAGAUGAAGAUGGAACGACAAAAGGUGAAGGAGGAGACGGAACAGGAGGUUCUGAUAUUGAGCAUGGAUUUGACAAAAUGUAACCCCCUCCUUCGACAGUACUAUGAGGCGAAACAACAGGAGAUUCUGGCAAGGGUUACUGGAAGCUCGUCGUCAAGCAAGUGA